CAUCUCCCCUCUUGGUCCAUUCUCUCCGCGCCCCUCUCCUACCCAGACCAAGAGUCUCGCAGAGCCAUUCGAGCGACGCAAUGGCGUGCACGCUGCUGCUCGCCGCCGCCGUGGUCGCCGGCUGCGCGGUGGGCCUCUCCGGCGCGACGGACCACAUCGUGGGCGCCAACCACGGGUGGAACCCCAACAUCAACUAUUCCCUCUGGUCUGGCAACCAGACCUUCUACGUCAACGACCUCAUCUCGUUCAGGUACCAGAAGGGGACGCACAACGUGUUCGAGGUGAACGAGACGGGGUACGACAACUGCACCAUGGACGGGGUCGCCGGCAACUGGACAUCCGGCAAGGACUUCAUCCCGCUCCCCGACGCGCGCCGCUACUUCUUCAUCUGCGGCAAUGGCCUCUGCCAGGCCGGCAUGAAGGUCGCCAUCACCGUCCACCCGCUCCCGCACACCGCCGACCUGCACGACAACUCGGGCUCAGAUCAGGUGCCACCCGCUGCUGCUGCUGCUGCCAGCGGCGGGCUCACUGUCGCUGUGUGGCAAACGGUCAUGGCCCUGGCGGCUACCAUUGUUGCUGUCGCUUAACGCUUAGUUCCAGCAGACUGAGGCAUUGUGCGUCUUCAGUGUUCGUCUUUCUCUCAAACGGGACUCCUUAGCUUUCAUGGGAAACUUGAAUUUGAAGUACUAGAAUGUUGCACUGACCACGCAAUUAUUGAGGUAA